AUGACGCACGCUCAGGCUGCCGACCUCAUCGUGACCAACGCCGUCGUGCGGACGAUGGACUCGGCCAAGCCGUCCGCGGAGGCCUUUGCCAUCGCGGGCGGCAAGCUGCUGGUUGUGGGCUCGGCUUCCGACGUCGCAGCGUACAGAGGAGCCAGCACUCGCAUUGUCGACCUCGACGGCCAGGCUGUCAUGCCGGGCCUAAUGGACGUACAUAACCACCAUGGCAUCGCUGGCUUGCACAACGUCUUCGAGCUCACGUUCCCCGACACUGCUGGUGUCGAUGAGAUCUGCGCCGCGGUCAAGGGAUACAUUGCCGAGCAUCCCGAUGCCGAAUGGGUGUACGGUAGUAUCUGGGGUUCGCAGCUUCUUGGCGAGCUGAGCACGUCUGAGCCGCUCAAGAAACUCGACGCCGUCAGCGGGGGCAAGAAAGUCCUCCUCACAGACGAUAGUCACCAUAACCGCUUCGCCAACACUGCCGCCAUGCGAGCCGCCGGUAUCCAAGACGACACGCCCAACCCACCGGGAGGAGGCGUGAUUGUGCGCGACCAAGACGGGCGCCCAACAGGCCUUCUGUUUGAGGGUGCCGGCGUCAUGGUCGCAAAGACAGCAGCCAAGGCCGACCCCAUGACCACAGACAAGGCUGCCGCAUGCUCUGCCGACGCAAUCAAGACAAUGCACGCUGUCGGUGUCACUGCGUUCCUUGACGCUGGAGCUACGCUGCACACGUUGAACGGGCUCAAGGAACUAGACGACCGAGGCGAGCUCAAGAUCUGGGCAAGCAGCUGCAUGCUCAUCAACGACCAUGUGUUUGGUGCCGAGCAACUUGGUAACGAGCUCUUCCCGCACCGCGAGACGACACGUUCGUCACACCACCGCCCCGACUUUGCCAAGAUCUUCCUCGACGGUGUACCGAUGAGCUACACUGGCGCGUUCCUCCAGCCAUACCUCCCGUCCGAGACCCACGGGUGCGCUCACAAGGGUCACACAACGAUGCCCUACGACGAGCUCGAGCAUUGGCUCCUCCACUGCGCUGACAAAGGCAUCAACGUAAAGGUACACUGCUGCGGUGAUGCCGCUGUGCGCUUUGUGCUCGACGCUGUGGCCAAGGUUCGCGCGCAAGGCUACAAGGAUACGCUGUUCCACGUUGCACAUGGGCAGUUUGUCAACCCCGACGAUAUCAAGCGGUUCCGUGAGCUCGGUGUCGUGGCAGACAUCUCGCCCGCGCUGUGGUACCCCAGCAUCAUCGUUGAGGCAAUGGAGGCAGUACGUCCCAAGGAGGAAAUAGAGAGGAUGGCGCCCAACCGCUCCCUCGCAGAGUCGGGCGCCAUCAUUUCCGGUGGAUCCGACUGGCCCGUCAUGCCAGACCCAAACCCUUGGAUCGGUAUCGCGGGGCUCAUCACCCGCGCCGACCCCUUGGGCCAACAUCCCGGACAGCUCGCCCCGGAUGAGGCCAUCACCGUCCAGCAGGCUCUUGAAGCGUACACCAUCAACACUGCGCGCGCGCUCGGCAUCGAGUCAUUCUCAGGGUCCCUGACUGUUGGUAAGAGCGCCGACUUUGUUGUUCUCGACCGCGACCCGUACGGCGUGGCCCCUGACAAGCUCGCGUCGACCGUGGUCAAGGAGACGUGGUUCGAGGGUGAAAAGGUGUACUCCAAGGCAUAG